AUGAAAUUGGACAUCACCAAGACAUUCAGUCACCAUUCAGAUCGUGUCAAGGGUAUAGAUUUUCACCCAACAGAACCAUGGGUGUUGACAACACUUUAUAACGGUAAGAUUGAGAUAUGGUCCUAUGCCACCAAUGCAUUAGUCAAGUCCAUCCAGGUCACGGAGAUGCCAGUGCGUACGGGUAAAUUCAUUCCUCGAAAGAAUUGGAUUGUUGUUGGCUCUGAUGAUUUCCAGAUUCGUGUUUACAAUUACAACACUGGUGAGAAAAUCACUCAGUUUGAAGCCCACCCAGAUUAUAUUAGAUCAAUUGCAGUGCAUCCAACAAAGCCAUACAUUUUAACCUCUUCUGACGAUUUGACUAUUAAAUUGUGGAACUGGGAUAACAACUGGAAGUUGGAGCAAGUGUUUGAAGGUCACCAACAUUAUGUAAUGAGUGUGAACUUCAAUCCCAAAGACCCAAACACCUUUGCAUCUGCGUGCUUGGAUAGAACCGUUAAGAUUUGGUCCUUGGGCAGUCUGCAACCAAACUUCACUUUGGUGGCUCAUGAUACCAAAGGUGUCAAUUAUGUCGAUUAUUACCCCCAAGCAGACAAGCCUUAUUUGAUUACUUCGAGUGAUGACAAAACAAUUAAAGUAUGGGAUUACCAAACGAAAUCUUGCGUUGCCACUUUGGAAGGUCAUCUACUGAAUGUCUCGUUUGCAAUUUUCCAUCCAGAAUUGCCAAUUAUUGUAUCAGGAUCCGAAGAUGGAACCGUUAGAUUUUGGAACUCCAACACAUUCAAAUUGGAAAAAUCUAUCAACUACAGUUUGGAAAGAGUUUGGUGUGUUGGAAUCUUGCCAAAAUCCAACGUUAUUGCUGCCGGUUUUGACUCUGGAUUUGUUAUAAUCAAGCUCGGAAAUGAAGAGCCACUUUUCUCGUUGGACUCCAAUAACAAGUUGAUUUUUGCCAAAAACUCUGAAGUUUUCCAAUCUGUCAUCAAGCCCAACGCCACUCAAGGGUUGAAAGACGGAGAACCAUUGAAUUUGCAACAAAGAGAUUUAGGAACGAUUGAAAUUUUCCCUCAGACUUUGGCACACUCACCAAAUGGUAGAUACGCUGCAGUUUGUGGCGAUGGCGAAUAUAUUGUUUACAGUGCAUUGGGUUGGAGGUCCAAAUCAUACGGUAGUGCACUUGAUUUUGUAUGGAAUACCCAUGACACUUCUGCAGCUUGCCCAUUCGCCAUCAGAGAAUCAAGCAUUAGUGUGAAAGUCUUGAAAAACUUCCAGGAGUAUCUAGUUAUUGAUUUGCAGUAUCAAGCUGAUAAAAUUUUUGGCGGUGCCUUGUUGGGUGUCAAAUCCGAAGGAUGCGUCUCAUUCUAUGAUUGGGAAAGUGGGAAAUUAGCAAGAAGAGUGGACAUUGAUGAAGAAAUUUCUGAUGUGAUUUGGUCUGAUAAUGGCGAGUUACUUGCUAUUGUGACUACAUCAAAUGCUGGCGAUAGAUCAAGUUCCACCCCACUGACUCAGGCAGGAAAGAAGAAUGAUGAAACAUAUUUUUUGAGCUAUGACCGCGAGGUAUUCGACCAAGCAUUGGCGAAUGAUGAAUUGGACGUUGAAGAGGGUGCAGAGCAAUCAUUCGAUGUUUUAUAUACUCUCCCUACCUCAGAGUCCAUCUUGUCUGGUAAAUUUAUUGGCGAUGUUUUUGUUUAUACCACAGCAAGCACCAAUAGGUUGAAUUAUUUCGUUGGUGGUGAAGUGAUCAACUUGGGACAUUUCGACCGUAAAUUCUAUAUACUCGGCUAUAAGGCUCAAGAUGGAAGAUUGUUUCUUAUUGACAAAUCAUUUGAUGUUAUUUCAUGGUACCUCAACACGAGCAUGUUGGAGUUACAGACUUUGGUGAUGAGAGGAGACCUCGAACAGUUUGCCACACAAAAUGUGAUUGACGAAGAAACGGAGGAGGAAAUUCCCGAUGUAUCUACAGUUACACAAGAGAGCUUGUCAGAAGAUUAUGCAAGUUUAAUUGCCAAUCUCUCCAAGACAGAGUUGAAUCAAUUGUCAAGGUUUUUUGAAAAGUUAGGAUACCUUUCUUUAUCUUUCCUGUUGUCGCAAGAUUUUGAUUCCAAGUUCCAGAUUGCCUUAAAUACUGGUGACUUAAAACAAGCCUAUGGUUUGCUUUCAGGCCAGGAGACUCAGCAGCAACAGCAGCAGCAGCAGCAGCAGCCAUCGGCCAUAGCUACCUCAAACAUUCCAAAAUGGAAAAAACUCGGUGACUUAGCUUUGUCGAAGUGGAAUGUUAAACUUGCUCAAGAAUCAUUCUGGCUUGCCAAAGAUUACUCUUCUUUGUUGCUUUUAUUAUCAUCAUCACAAAAUAAGGCAGAAUUGAUCAAGUUGGCCGAAGAGUGUCAGGCAAAAGGUAAGUAUAACAUUGCAUGGCAAGCGUGGUGGCAGGUCCGCGACGUGAACAAAUGUUUUGAUUUGUUGAUCAUGAGCGGCAGGUACACAGAAGCAGUACUCUUUGGUGCAAACUAUGGAAUUGAUCACGAGAAGUUGGCCAGCCGUAUUUCCGAGUGGAAGGAUGUUUUGAGAAAUGAGAAGCAAAAGGAAAGAAUUGCUGGAAGAUGGACAGACGAUUUAGCCAAGUUGAGUAUAAACGGAUCAUCAAUUGGAGAGGAAGCAUCAGCAGAAAUCAAUGAGAAAACCUCGGAAGAACCUUUGAUCAGUCUAGAUGGCGAGACCGAGGAAAAGAAGAGUGACGCUUUGGGUGAAGAGCAAACACAGAAGAAUGAAUUGGAUGAAGUGGAAAAAGCCGAGGAAGAAGACGAUGAUGCCGUUGAAGAAGACGCUAAUGAGGCAGUUGACGAGGAAGUUAAUGUUAACGGUGAAUAG